UUGAUGUGCGUUCCUUCAUUUCUGGUGAUGAGUUUCCUUGCCGCUGAGAUAGUGGGCGCAGAUCAUGACAGUCUUAUUAGAACCCAACUCUUUUCUACCGUAAUAUUUACAUCAGGCGCCUGUACCCUGCUUCAGACAGCACUAGGUGCCAGGCUGCCGAUGAUCCAGGGUCCAGCGGCAUCAUUUCUACCUGCCUUGCUGGCAGCCCAGAGAAGCAGGGAGUGGUCUUGUACAGAUAGCAGCACAGACAACAACAGCACAGACUACAACAGCACAUACUACAACAGCACAGACUACAACAUCACCGACGAUGGUUACAACAACACCACCUCAACUCUUGAUACUGUUCCAAGGGCCGACUUGCCGACCUGUUUGAGUCCCGAAGACAAACUGAGAGAAAUAUCUGGAAGUUUAAUGGCUGCCUCGGCUGUUGAGAUCCUCAUUGGCGGAACAGGACUUGUAGGUCUUCUCAUGAAGUUUGUAGGACCAGUUACAGUGGCCCCUACCAUUGCUCUGGUGGGACUGAGUGUGUACAAGGUGCCCAUUGCCUACACACGGUCGUCAUGGGAACUAUCCUUACUAGGUGUUGUGUUGGUCGUGCUGUUUGCGUUGUACCUUGGCCAUAUCGCCGUGCCCUUCCCCACACGGAGCGCAUGUUGCGCACAGCACAGGAGGAGAAAGAGCAAGACUCAUGGCGUGCUCAUCUUUCAGCUACUUCCGGUCCUCCUCAGCAUCCUCGUAGUGUGGGCCGUAUCUGGAAUCCUAACACAUGCAAACGUGUUCCCUACAGACCCCGCCAAUCCAAGGUUCAAGGCCAGGACAGAUGCCAAAUCUACGAUGUUACAUCGCACACCUUGGUUUUACGUCCCCCACCCAGGCCAGUUUGGAAUGCCGUCGUUCAACAUAGGACUGUUUAUAGGAUUCAUAGCAGGGUUCCUUGCCUCCAUUAUUGAGUCUGUAGGGGACUACUUUGCUGCGGCCAAAGCGUGUGAAGUCACCACUCCACCGAAACACGCCAUCAACAGGGGGAUAUUUAUAGAAGGGCUUGGGGGACUACUUUCUGGAGCGGUGGGAUUUGGCCUCUCCACAACAUCGUACACACCCAACAUUGCUGCUAUGACUCUGACUAAAACAGCUCACCGCUACAUCAUGUACAGUGCCGGUGCCAUUAUGCUGGUGCUGUCGGUCGUGGGGAAGGUCGGCGCUGCCCUGGCCACAGUACCGGACCCAGCUCUAGCAGGUGCUAUCGUAGCGACAUGUGGCAUGAUGGUCACCCUCGGACUCUCUUCGUUACAGUACGUCAAUAUGAACUCUUCCAGGAACCUCCUCAUCGUUGGGAUGGCUCUGUUCAUUGGCAUAUUUUUGCCAGAGUGGUUAGAGAGACACCCUGAGGACUUCGAAACAGGGGUAAAGGACCUUGAUAAAAUUCCGCAACUUAUUCUCGGAACUCCGAUGCUUCUUGGUGGCCUCAUCGCCAUCUUCCUGGAUAACACCGCGAAAGGAUCACGGAAAGACCGAGGUAUUGACGCUUGGCAGAAUCUUCUUGGGACCAACACCAGCAUCACACAGAAGCCCAUGGAGACGUCAUCAGACAAUACGUAUGGAUGGUUCUGGCAAGGUCGACUGUAUCAGUACCUGCCCUGCUGUUCACGGCUCCCCUUCAUGCCUCCAGGGACAGGGUUAGAUCGUACCCUCACGUCUCCAUCCCAGCCAGGUGGGACGCCGGAUAAUGUCAGAUCACUCUUGGGAAACUCUAGUGUGUAGUUCCUCUUCGGGCCGUGCAUUUUAUAUUCUGGGGUGGAGGUGGUAUUUUCAAAGAACACCCCCUCCUCAUCAAUAAGUAUCAUGAUUUUGGUCUCCGGCCGUAUCAUUUUCAACCCUCAUCGGAGGAAAGUUUUAUUUUCCAGAUUCCAAGGGCAGGCAACUAUGACAAGCCAUUUCAAAAUCGAACGUACAAACUGCCCAUGACGCACGGUGCCUCUCGUGUCUGUGCAGGUGGUGUGUUGGGGGGAGAUGAUGAGGUCCUUGUUGUGGACGUGCCAAGGACGUUUAGACACCAUGUUAACUUUUAUGAAUCGCUUCGAUAAUAUUAAUGUUUACAAAAAGGUAAAAUUAAGCCUCGUCAUAGUGUCAUUUUAGAUCAAACAAUAAGACAAAAAACAUAGUGCAUUUUACUUUUGGGCUUAAUAAACUGAAAUUUGUCAUCGGGUUUUACAAAUAGAAUUAUUUGCUCACGCUGGUCAUGCAGGAAGUUCCACAAAAAAAACUUUGUUUGAUUCGAUUUUUUCAGAGAUACUAUGUUUUGAUAUGCUUAAAAUUUGUUACCCAAGCUGCCUGCUUACAACUCGUGUGUGUGUGUGUGUGUGUGUGUGUGUGUGUGUGUGUGUGUGUGUGUGUGUGUGUGUGUGUGUGUGUGUGUGUGUGUGUGUGUGUGUGUGUGUGUGUGUGUCUGUUUCUCUGUCUCUCUAUAUACCUGUAAAUUGCUUUGAAACCGACGUGUUAAUUUUAGCUUUGGAUAUGACAACAUUUCAGGUUCGAAACCACUAAAUUGAAACCAAGGCAGGUUUAUUUCCAUUCUACCAUGACAGUGAUGACAUAAGUGCGGACUACGAGUAUAAUGACCUUCUGUUGACCUCACUUUUCCACGUAUGUACAUGUAUCUGGCCUGGACACAUUUUGUUAUUCAUAUUCCACCGCAA